AUGGGUCUCCAUAACCCUCUUCCGUCUUCUAUGGCGUCGGAAUGCAAGAAGUGCGGCAAGAUUUUGACCUCAUUCAUCGACCCGAGACAAGCCUUUGGCCCCGAGAAGAUCAUCCCCCCCUCAGUCCUUGCCAAUGCCAAACCUAUCAGUUCCUUUGGAUCUGCGGGCCACCACCGGUUCAUUGCGCCCCGUUCAAUGCGCCCCGGUCUUGCCAUCCUCACGGUCCUCAAAGCGGGCUUUCUCGGCUCAGGGCGAUUCGGUAGCGGCCUCGUCGUUGCUCGGCUCCCCGACGGAUCUUGGAGCGCGCCCAGCGCCAUCGCUACGGUCGGCGGUGGCGUGGGUGGACAGAUUGGCUUCGAGCUGACCGAUUUCGUCUUCAUCCUCAACGACACGAACGCCGUCAAGACGUUCGCUCAGGCCGGUUCGCUCACGCUGGGUGGUAACGUUUCUAUCGCCGCCGGCCCCGUGGGUCGCAAUGCCGAGGCCGCCGGCGCCGCUUCCCUCAGGAGCGUGGCUGCCGUUUUCUCAUACUCCAAGACAAAAGGUCUCUUUGCCGGUGUCUCUCUCGAGGGCUCCGGUAUCAUCGAACGCCGUGAUGCCAACGAAAAGCUCUAUGGCACACGAUACACGGCGCAGCAGAUCCUAACGGGCAGUGUCCGGCCGCCCCCGCAAGCUCAGGCGCUGAUGAGCGUGCUUAAUUCCCGGGCCUUUUCCGGCAUGGGUCGUGCGGGGAGCAUGGCCGGUGACUCCAUGUACAAUGAUGUGCCAGUCUAUAACAAUUCGCAAGACGACGUCGCAUGGAACGGCCGGCAGGGAAACGCCAUGGGGGAGGGACAGUCGCGGCGGCAGAGCUCCUACGGCGACAGCUUUGGUGGGCCUCAGCGGUCCAGCACAUAUCGGGGCGACGACUACGAUCGACCGUUUGGAGGCCCGACCAGGUCGAACACUUAUGCCUCUCCACGCAACGACGACGACGACGACUUCUUCAACAGGACGAACGGCGGGUUUGGUGGGAAGACCGCACCCGGCAGGCCGACGGCUCCCAAACCGAACUUCUCGCCCAAGCCGUCGCAGCUCAAGGCGAACGAAGCCGUGGCCCUGUUCACAUUCGAGGCGGAUCAGCCUGGGGAUCUCGGAUUCAAGAAGGGCGAGGUCAUUACAGUGCUCAAAAAGACAGAGAGCACCAAUGACUGGUGGACCGGUCAAAUCGGGUCGAGGACGGGGAUCUUCCCCAGCAACUAUGUCAAGAUGAAGGAGUAA